ACAAGGUCUCGCGAUGUUUCCGUAUGAGAGAGCAUAGUGGCGACGAGAACUAGCGUAGGCCGGAGUGGGGAGAGUUGUUAUCGAAGAACAGGGAGAACAGACGGCGGCAGUAGCAGGGCAGGGGGUGUGUGAGUGUGUUUGUGAGGUCCAAAAAGGAGCACAACACGGCGUGAAUGAGACAGUCAAACUGGCGGAAUUCAAUAUGGCAUCCGGAGAUACGCUGUACAUUGAGACAGACGGCUCGGAGAUGCCGGCCGAGAUCGUGGAGCUUCACGAGAUAGAGGUGGAAACGAUACCGGUGGAAACUAUCGAGACCACGGUGGUCGGUGGGGAUGACGACGACGACGACGACGACGAGCAGCCCAUGAUCGCGCUCCAGCCUCUGGUCACGGACGACCCCAAUUCAAUCCACCACCACCAGGAGGUAAUCUUGGUCCAGACCCGGGAGGAGGUAGUCGGUGGGGAUGACUCGGACCUGCACACGGAUGGCGGCAGCGGUUUCGAGGACCAGAUCCUCAUCCCGGUACCGGCUCCGGGGGUGGAGGAUGAGUACAUCGAGCAGACUUUGGUAACUGUGGCUGGAAAGAGCUCAGUGGGUCGGGUGAAACGGGGAGGCGGCACUGGUGGAAAGAAAGCAGGCAAAAAGAGCUAUUUAAGCGGCGCGGAUGCUGGCGGAAGAAAAUGGGAACAGAAGCAGGUGCAAAUAAAGACACUGGAAGGGGAGUUUUCUGUUACAAUGUGGGCAUCGGAUGACAAUAAAGACAUCGACCAUGAGUCGGUGGUGGAGGAACAGAUAGUCGGGGAGAACUCCCCUCCGGAUUACUCUGAGUACAUGACGGGGAAGAAGUUGCCCCCUGGUGGGAUCCCAGGGAUCGACCUCUCAGACCCCAAACAGCUGGCUGAAUUUGCCAGAAUGAAGCCCAGGAAAGUCAAAGAGGACGAUGCUCCCCGGACAAUAGCUUGCCCUCAUAAAGGCUGCACAAAGAUGUUCAGGGAUAACUCUGCCAUGAGGAAGCACCUCCAUACCCACGGACCACGCGUGCACGUCUGCGCAGAGUGUGGCAAGGCCUUUGUCGAGAGCUCCAAACUCAAACGUCACCAACUUGUUCACACAGGGGAAAAACCCUUCCAGUGUACUUUUGAGGGCUGUGGGAAAAGGUUUUCUCUGGACUUCAACCUGCGCACACACGUGCGGAUCCACACUGGAGACCGACCCUACGUCUGCCCUUUCGACGGCUGCAAUAAGAAAUUUGCCCAGUCGACCAACCUCAAGUCUCACAUUCUCACACAUGCCAAAGCCAAAAAUAACCAAUGAGAACCCACCCACCAGUGUCAAGCCACACAGAUGAAUAAAGCGCAUCUUAGUGGCACAUAUGAAACGAUAAGCUUGAGACUUAUUGAUUUAUAUAAAAAAAAAAAUCUGACAGAGUAAAAGACUUUUAAAACACUGAAAUUCAGCCAGUUUCCCUCUGUCCCCUUUUUUCUGCUGUCAUACUGGAUGAGGAACACAGUGUUUUGUUAUUUUAUUUUUUGUUUUUUGUUUUUUUGUUCCCCAAAGUCCUGGCCAACACAAUCCCUGUCUCCAGUGGCACUCAGCUGCCAGAAGAUGGAACCUGUGGACAAACAUCAGAGACUUCUUUUUACCAGAGUGAGCAGAGAAGCAGCAGCACUAUUAGUAAUUUUAGUUUCUGGCCUAGCUUUUAUUUUCCUGAAGUGUGCAUAUUGUACACUUGACUCAGGCUAUGGUUAGUGACAUUGUGUCAUUUUUUUUCUCCCCCCCUCCUGCAUUAUGAGAUCAUACCUAUGAUACAGAAGGCCUUGUGUGACCUGUUUCACUUGUAUGAGAAGUUUAAUACAUCUGUAUGUUUGCAUUUCCAUACACUCUUUGGUUGUAUUUUUCUCUAACCACAAAAUAACCUUGUACACUUGUAUUGUAUGGCUGUAUUGAAAUUAUGUAGACAUAGACAGAGGUGUGGUUUAAAGUGUUAACCAAUUAAACUUUUAGUCCUGCAUUGCUUUAUAUUUUCCAUGACCUGUCUUUACACAGAUGAAUGAGUUGUAUAACCGUACUCGGAGGAUGUCUCAGUUAAAGUAUCUGAAGAGAACAUUGAAUCAACUGCGAGAUCAUCACCUUCUUUGUUAGAAUGUAAUGUACAGAUUUCAACCAUUAACUUCUUUUGAUGAUAUUUACACCCAUGUAUCUCAAUUGCCCACAAUAAAAUGGGUCAUUCUAACCCUUCUGAAACACACA